CUCAAGUGGCUGCUGCACGGAGAGCGGCCAUACUGGUACGCCGUGGAGUAUGAGAAAGGCCACCCGAGCGAACACACGCCGCAUAUCUUGCAGUUCCCAAUGACUUGCGAGACUGGCCCCGGAAGUCCGUCUGGCCACGCGAUGAUCACGGGAGCUGUCUGGUGCGUGCUCAUUGCCGCCCUGCUACGGAAGCUGCAGAAACACGUGCUACCUGGCCACGAAGGUGUCUCCCGUGUCGUCAGCGCCGUCGUUUGGGCCAUCUUCGCCGUCUGCUACCUGCUGGUGUGUUUGUCACGACUGUCUCUCGGCGCGCACUUCCCACACCAGAUUAUCGCCGGAGCUAUCUGCGGUAUGGUUCUGGUAGCCGGACUAGCAUGGAUUCCCAUCACCUCAAUGAGAACCCGAAAUUACGUGAUCACCUCCGGUGUCCUGUUCGGUCUCGCCUACGACGAAUACUUAUGCAUACGUUGCCUCGGAUUCAACCCGGACUGGUCGGUCGUGAAGGCAUUGACUUUUUGCAAGGAGCAGGGCUGGGUGAACUUAAACACGGCUCCGCUACACUCGCUGGCUCGGCUGUGCGGUGCCCUGCUAGGUCUCGGCAUCGGUCUGAAUCUGCGUACGUGGGUGUCACCGAUCCCCGAGGGCUACGGACAGGGGCAGAAGAGAUACAGGCGGCCGUGGGACGCGAGGAUGGUGACCGCUGUGCUAGCGGCCGGUCUGUACAGAUAUGCAGAGUCAUUGCCGCUGCCCUACGAGCCGAUGGCACUGUUUUACGUGUCGGCGUUCGUUAAGCACACCAUCGUGCCUGUGCUGGUCGUUGCUGUCGUGCCCCUGGUCGGCGACUUCAUCAUUAGAUGCUUUCACCAUUUUCCGCUUCAUAAGCGAUUGUAGAUGGGACCGGACGUCGCGAUUUGCGACUGAACUUUUAUUGCUAUGAGAGCGGCGGGGCCGGUCCGCAUCGCAUGCUGUCGCCUACCGAUUGCUUGCGCGGUGUGCGUUUAUUUGUGAAAUUCGUCUAUUUACUUUUUGGAAAGAGGAUCUGCAGAACUCGGAUGAGUAUAGGCGAUUAGUAUUUUACGCGGGGAAAUUAUUUGCGCACGGUGGCUGGGUGAGCUGUUACGCAUAUAAAUCCGGCGUAGCAUUUGCUUUGCAUUUAGACAGCUUAGCUGUACUCUUCGUUUUAGAAUCCCAAUGCACAGGUAUAAUGCAUAUAAAAUAUGCAGCAUGUGGGCUCUAUCUAUUGCUAACUGUGAAUGGCAAAACAAUGAUCAGAAAUGUAACUUGCGUGUUUUUAUAACUAAAGAAUAUAGCGUAAUUGUGAAGCAGCAAAUAUGGGCUAUAGAAAGUAUAUGCUCGCUAGUAGAUAUACAAGCCCGGAUAGACACGUGUAUAUACAUAGAGAUAUACAAGCCCGGUAUAUGGUCAUGUCAAAUAGUAUAUACAAUUGCUCUUCACUAAUUUAGCAUUCAAUGUGUAAUAAAUGUUUUGUAUAUCGAAUAAUCAUAUACCUGCUAUGCGAGUAUUUGAUAUAAUUAUAUUGGCUGUAUAUGUCACGCGCGUGUACCACAAGCAAAGCCCCAAGCCAUUUUGUUAUGACGGCAAUAAAGUCAAACUUUCUUGUCGUUUGGGAAAUUACCCAACUCUUACGUAACGCAAGAGGGAAGCUACAGUUUUGGACGUAUAGUAGUGUAUCGUAUUGCGUGGUUUGCAAUUGGUAAUGCAUAUAUGCUUUGCAAUUUUUAUUUCUUGUGAUGAGACGCAAUAUAAUAACACAAAUUUUA